UGAUUGGUGCUCUGGGACUCAGAGCUGCUGCUGCACUUUGACUCACUUUGAGUUGAUCCACUUCAGAUCCACAGUUCAACAGUCAGACUGCUGCUGACCAAGAUGAAGCUGCUCCUCAUCCUCUGCUGGGUCCUCGGGGUCUCUGCUGACGUUCAACAUGAAGAUCUUGCUAUCAAUGGAUGUUCAGACUCUGAUGGAGAGAAGAUGUACACUCUGGACAGAGAAGAGGUGUGGUACGCAGACUUCAUCAAUCAGAGAGGAGUGGAGCCUCAGCCAGACUUCAUAGAUCAUAUGUCCGUCCCAGGAGCUUAUGAACAGGCUGUAAGUGAGCUACAGAUCUGCAAACAGAACCUGAAUGUUGUUCGUGCAGCGAUGAAGGACGUCCCCCUGGAAAAAGAUCCUCCUUCCAACCCGAUGAUCUACAACAGAGACAAAGUGGAACUGGGAGUGAGGAACGUUCUGAUCUGUCAUGUUUCUGGUUUCUAUCCGGCUCCUGUCAAUGUCUCCUGGACCAAGAACGGAGAGAAGGUGACCGAAGGAACCAGCAUCAACGUUCCCUUCCCCAACAAAGACGGUUCCUUCACCCAGAUCUCCAGACUGGAGUUCAUCCCACAGCAGGGAGACAUCUACAGCUGUUCAGUAGAACAUCUGGCCCUGGACCAGCCACUGACCAGAAUGUGGGAUGUGGAGACCACCCAGCCAGGUGUUGGACCUGCAGCAUUCUGUGGAAUCGGUCUGACCAUCGGUCUGCUUGGUGUGGCAGCUGGAACCUUCUUCCUCAUCAAAGGAAACGAGUGCAGCUGAUUGGUGGGGGCUGAUGAUGUCAUCAGGGUGUGGUGUGGAGUCACCAGGACAGAAUCCAGAUGUUUCCUGUUGAUUGUAAAUGAUUUCAUUGAACUUCCUGCUUUUGAAUCCUGUUAACCUCUGAUGAACAUCUGAAGAAUCUCUUAGACAUGUUUCCAUCAGCUUCAAUAUUCUCUGAUGUUCUGCUGCAACAAUAAACUGAAAUGAGUCCAAAUCAAA